CCACGCGGCACCAUGCCCACCCCCAGCGCCUCCACGCCGCAGGCCAAGGGCUUCCGAAGGGCCGUCUCUGAGCUGGACGCCAAGCAGGCGGAGGCCAUCAUGUCCCCAAGGUUUGUCGGGCGGCGGCAGAGCCUCAUCGAGGAUGCCCGCAAGGAGAGGGAGGCGGCCGCAGUGGCAGCAGCGGCCGCGGCAGCGGAGCCCGGGGACCCCCUGGAGGCCGUGGUGUUCGAGGAGAAGGCGGGGAGGGCCGUGCUGAACCUGCUCUUCUCACUGGGGGGCACCAAGCCCCCGGCGCUGUCCCAGGCCCUGAAGGUGUUUGAGACGUUUGAAGCCAAAAUCCACCACCUGGAGACCCGGCCCCCGCAGCGGCCGCGGGCGGGGGGCGCGCAGCUGGAGUACCUCGUGCGCUGCGAGCUGCCCCGCCGGGACCUGCCCGCGCUGCUCGGCUCCCUGCGCCGCGUGUCCGAGGACGUGCGCAGCGCCAGGGAGGACAAGGUCCCCUGGUUCCCAAGGAAGGCGUCAGAGCUGGACCAGUGUCACCACCUGGUCACCAAGUUUGACCCGGACCUGGACUUGGACCACCCGGGCUUCUCCGACCAGGCGUACCGCCAGCGCAGGAAGUUCAUCGCUGACAUCGCCUUCCAGUACCGGCAUGGCAGCCCGAUCCCCUGUGUGGAGUACACCGCGGAGGAGACUGCCACCUGGAAGGAGGUGUACACCACGCUGAGGGGGCUGUACGCCACACACGCCUGCCGCGAGUACCUGCAGGCCUUCCAGCUGCUGGAGCGCUGCAGCGGGUACCGCGAGGACAGCAUCCCCCAGCUGGAGGACGUGUCCCGCUUCCUCAAGGAGCGGACGGGCUUCCAGCUGCGGCCCGUGGCCGGCCUGCUGUCCGCGCGGGACUUCCUGUCCAGCCUGGCGUUCCGCGUGUUCCAGUGCACCCAGUACAUCCGCCACCCGUCCUCGCCCAUGCACUCCCCCGAGCCGGACUGCUGCCACGAGCUGCUGGGGCACGUGCCCAUGCUGGCCGACCGCACCUUCGCCCAGUUCUCCCAGGACAUCGGCCUCGCCUCCCUGGGGGCCUCGGACGAGGAGAUUGAGAAGCUGUCCACGCUGUACUGGUUCACGGUGGAGUUUGGCCUCUGCAAACAGAACGGGGAGCUGAAGGCCUACGGCGCGGGGCUGCUGUCCUCCUACGGCGAGCUCCUGCACUGCCUGUCCGAGGAGCCCGAGAUCCGGGCCUUCGACCCCGAGGCCGCGGCCGUGCAGCCCUACCAGGACCAGGCCUACCAGUCGGUCUACUUCGUGUCCGAGAGCUUCAGCGAUGCCAAGGACAAGCUCAGGAGCUACGCCUCGCGGAUCCAGCGCCCCUUCUCCGUGAAGUUCGACCCCUACACGCAGGCGGUGGACGUGCUGGACAGCCCCCGCGCCGUGCAGCGCUCCCUGGAGGGGGUCCAGGACGAGCUGCACACCCUCGCCCACGCGCUCAGCGCCCUCAGCUAG